AUGAACCUACGUCGUCGUACCAUCGAUUCUCGUUCACUUAUAUCAGAUAAUGAAUUAAGUCUUGAUCCACUUGAUUCGGCAUCAUCUAUUUCUCCAUUAACAACAACAACAGCAACAGCAGCAGCAACAACAACAACAACAACAGCAACAACAACUGCUGAUUUAUUAACAACACCAUCUAAUGAUGUAUUACUCGAUGUUACAUUGAAGGCAAGUGUUUGGGAACACUUCGAACGGCUUAUUGGUGUUGUACCUUUAACAGCAAAAUGUUCGAUUUGCGAAGAAAACUUAUUAACACCGAAUUAUGGGACAUCAAGUCUUCGUCGACAUUUAUUUCAACGACAUGGUCUUCAACAAUUUGGUUUAAAUGAAACACCACAACCGUGUGUAGCUACUCAUCGUUUAACAAGAAAAGAAAAAGAAAACCUAGAUGCUUUAGCUGUUGAUGCUAUAAUUCAAGAUGGAAGAGCGUUUGGUGAUUUCCAAAAAUCCGGUUUCAAAAAAUACAUUAAUGCUUUAAAACCUGGAUAUAAACCACCUACUCGUAAUUAUAUUGUUAAAAAAUUAAAACGUCUACAUCAACAGCAUACAAAUUAUACUGUUACUGAAUUUGAACAGGCAGACUUUCUGUCUGUGACGUGUGAUUUUUGGACAAAUCGCCAACAGAAGUCGUUUUUAGUCAUCACUGGUCAUUUUAUAGACAAAGACUUUAAUGAACAUUGCAAAGUGUUAAAAUUUAUUACUUUCGAAGGACGACAUUUCUCAAAACUAAUUGCCGAAGUAAUUGAAAAGGAAUUAAUUAGCUUAGGAUUAUUUAAUAAAUUAAUAACAAUUACUUGUGAUGGAGCGGCAAAUAUGCGCGACAUGUUCAACUAUUUUAAUCGUCCACAUAUUACAUAUAUUCGUUGCAUAGCGCAUAAACUUCAUUUAAUUAUUUGUAACAGCUUAAAUUUAUGGGUGAAAGAAAAGAAAAAUCGAACUACAACAGCUAUGGCAGAAACUGUUGAAUACGACUCAAGUGAAGAUAAUGAUGAAGAUGAUCUACCAAUUCGAUUAACUCAAAUGAUAAGAAGCAUGUCCGUUGAUGUUGAUUAUAUAUCAAGUGAAAAUAGUUUAUCCAAAAAUGGUGAUGAUAGUUCGAAUGAACCACAAUCUGAAAAUGAAUCAACUGAUGUAUCAUCCGAUGAAGAUGAAUGGAUUGAUUCUGAUCAUGAUGAAGAAAUUAUUGAUAAUUUCAUUGAAGGUGUUAAUUUACAAGAUGUAGUAUUAGAUGAUUUACAAACACGAGUUAAAAAAGUUGUUCAUAUAGCACGUGAAAUUGUUAAUACAAGUAAACGUACAGCAAUAUUAUCAAAUUUUCUUGAAAAAAAACGGAUAAAUUAUAACUUACAAGUUCCUAAAGAUGAACGUAUUAAACGUCGUUUAUCGAAUGAUGUGAAAACACGUUGGAACUCCAGCUACAAAAUGUUAUCUACAAUCAGUAUGUAUCGUGAUUUAAUUAGUGAUAUGUUCAAAAACAAAGGAAAUAUUGAUCUUACUAACAAACAGCGAAAAAAAUUAGCAAGUAUUGAAUUAACAACUGAUCAAUGGGAUCUAAUAAAACUACUUGUUACUUUAUUACAACCAUUUUAUUCAGCUACAAAAGUAUUAAGUAACAAUACAUAUCCAACAAUUGGUUCUGCUUUAUAUCUCAUUCGUAGUUUAGAAGAAAAUUUGGUAGAAUUAGAAAGUAAUUUAACAUUAAAUGCAUUAAAAGCCAAGGUGUUAGAAAAAUUUCAGUAUUAUUUGACCAAAGAUACAGAUCAAUUUAAUACAUUAAAAAUGUAUGGGUUUUUUGAUCCAACUGGAUUAGCUGCUCUUACUAAAGUCGAACAAACUUCGGUUGAAAAACAAUUAACACAAAUUUUCAAAAAAAGCUUUGUACCAACAGCAUCAUCGUCGACAUCAUCAUCAGGAGCUGCAUAUACGGUACCAAAAUCUAAUAAUAUUGACAAAGCAUGGGAAGCGUUUCUUAAAUGCACCAACAAAGAAUUAGAACAAGAAGUAACAACAGCAACAACAACUUCUAUUCAAGAUGAAUUUAAACGUUAUAAAAAUCUAGCAACAAAAUUGUACGCAUUAAAAUUACUUCUCUAA